AUGAAAAUCCAUUCAAAAGCCCUUGAGAUUCUCUAUUACCAUUUAAUCGCUAGUUCUAAAGAGAAAAAGCUCGCAAAAUUAUCAUUUCUUUUGCACUUCAACCCUUCUGGUUUACGCCCAUCGAAUUUCCCAAAAUUUACGAUGACAGAUCUCACGGAAGCGAACAAAAUCAUCAAUAAGCUUGAGAACCAGUUACGUGAAAAAAAGAAAGUUUUUGAGGCGAGCGGCGAAGUUCAAAAAAAUUUGGAUGCACUCGAGAAACAAACCGAUUAUCGGAUGGAAAAGAUUCGUGUCUUGAUCGAUAAGUCUCGUCACAAUUGGAGGGAGCAACUCGACAAAUUGGACGAUGAUGAGAAAAUACGACUUCGAAGACAAGAAUCAGCCAGCACAAAGCACCCGAUUUCCUCUUUAAACUCGAUGAAUCGCCUGGAAUUUCACAUGAACGCCGUCGGAAACAAAGUCAACAAAGUCGACAAAGCGUGCAAGUCUUUGCCUGUCCCAAUGGAACAUGCGCUUUUUGGUCUUAACGAGAUUGCUCACGUGUACAAUGAUGCAAACACAAAACUCGACUCAAUGCUGCAGACAAUUCACACACUCAAAAAGAUGCCCGAGUUUUACAAUUCUGCUCCACAACCAGGCGGUUUACACAUGAAAGAAGACAUCGACUAUGCACUGCACGUGCUCGAAGCUUUCAGGACAAAGAUGCGAAUUUCGACAUCCGAUUACGAUCAUCGCGUGAAAGAAGCAGCAAAUGAGCCGGGAUUUCAAUUGGAUGUCGACGAAACGACUCCAUUCAGCGUCGUCUCUGAGGAAUCUCUGAGGAAAGUCGCUAUCAACAAGACU